UCAUCAGCCCUGGUGGAGGCGGUUUUGAAUGGGUAUGUGGAAGUGGUUCGUCUUCUCCUGCAAUUCCCGCACGUUCGUCCACUCUCGGAAGACGAGAUGGCGCUCCUGAUCAGUGAAGAGAAAGGCUCGGAUGAAGAAGGCGACCCCCCAGCUGGAGGGAACGACAGCCAGGGUGGAGCAGACCACAUGCAGGGCAGCGCUCAGCAGACACCGGGCAGACCUUUAUUCAGCCAGAACGAAACAUACCACCCCAAUGAGGACGACGUGAUCAGCCAGGAUGAGACGACGUGCUCGAAUGACAGCUCAGCAGAGUGCCCCAAUGAUGCGGACGGCGACGACGAUGAUGAUUAUGAAAAUGAAGACGCGGAAAGUGUGCCGUCUGCGUCCUCCACCGGCGAGGGGACUGCAUGUGCGCGAGCAUACGGCGCCGCCGCCGCGCCUCCGGCGGAGGCUUCUGAAGCCUCUGGCUUGGAGGAAGUGGCUUCUGAGUCCUCUGACUUAGAGGCAGCGGCUUCUGGGUCCUCUGACUCAGAGGCAGCGGCUCAGCCUCUGAGCGGCCCGGUAACCGGCGGGCAGCUCGUUCGCAGGGCUGAGUUCCACAGGCAGCAGAGGCUGGACAUUCAACCGAGCAUCGUCCAGUACCUGCGGGACAAUGCCGCCUUGUCUCGUCUCAAGAUCACGCUGGAUAAGCAGGAAACGGUGACGUCCGCCGAACAGAGGGCCUUCAGACUGGAAAAGGAGCGGCUGCGGCACGUCCACCAGCAGCUUCAACAGCGGCUCUGGGAAAAAAACCAAGAGAUCGCGGAGGACUUCAGAGUCAUCCACCAGCACGAGGAGGUCCCCAUGUCGCCCCAGCGCAUAGCAGAGCGCAGCAGACGAUUUUUGCCGGAAUUUCUGGUGAACCGGGCGUGGUUCAGCGGUCAGCAGUCGCCGCUGGCCAUAGCCUGCUCCCGGGGAAACUUCGAGCUGGUCUGUCUCCUUCUAGACUGCAACGCUGUGCUCGAACACACCGACGCGGCGGGGUUCACGCCGCUCAUGAUGGCCUGCGGCGCCGGCCACCCGGAUAUCGUGCAGCUGCUGCUGUACAGAGGUGCCAACCCCAGGCACCAGUCCAGCAGCUCGCUAGAAACGCCGCUCUUGCAGGCCUGCUUCGGCGGCCACCACGAAGUCGUCCGCAUCCUCAUCCAAAUGGGCGUCCAUCUGGAGCAGCGCAACCUGUAUGACAACACGCCGCUGAUGCUGGCGGCGGCCAGGGGCAGUGUGGGGACCAUCCGACUGCUGCUGAGGGCAGGGGUCAACAUCAACAGCAGACUGUCCUCCCGCCUUGACAUCACGCCACUGAUGAUGGCGGCCUGCCACGGACAUCUGGAUGUCGUCAGGUAUCUUCUGCGGAGAGGCUGUGACAUCACGGCGCAGAUGAGGGGCGGCAAGGGCACGGCGCUGACCGUGGCCUGUCUCAAGGGUCAUGCCGAUGUGGUUGGUCUUCUGCUUCUGUAUGGGGCCAACCCAUGUCACCUGGCCAAGUUUGGACGUGGUCAGACGAAAAUGACGCCGCUGAUGGCGGCCGCCUACCGAGGCUUCCCGAAGGUGGCGGAGGUGCUGUUGCAACGGAUGAUAGAUAUCAACGCCACGGUGCCGGGCGGCGGCGGCAAGACGGCGCUCAUGAUCGCCGCCUGGCGCGGCCACGUCUCCUUCGUCCAGCUGCUCAUCUCCAGAGGGGUGGCAAUCGAAGCCCGCAACAAGGCGGGCCGCACUGCCCUCUGGUGGGCGCUGGACGCGGGUCACGGCACCAUAGCACGCCUGCUGCAGGCUUGCGGCGCCUCGGUCGACGUGCAGGACACCAGACAGGUGUCGUGCAUCAUGGCGGCGUACCGCCGCGGCAACGUGGAGCUGGUGCGCUGGCUGUUGGAGUGUGUGUCACAGCUGCCGUCUGACGAGGAGCUGGAACGGUGCCUCCGUAGCCGCUCAAAAAAGCGUUCGAUGGAUCUUGACGGGCCCACCCUGCAGAAAAGUCGCGCAUCUUGUCUGUACUUCAUCCGAGCCGAGAGAGAGCGACGAGGGUGCUAACCGAGCCAGAAGGGCAAAUCCCUCUCGAAGAGUUGCUCUUGACGACACCAGGGAAAAGAACUGAAAGAACUCAACCACCGAAGAGGAAGUGCACGGGCGUAUGCUUCCUACUCAUACUGUUCAUACUUUUGUGCCAACGUGACCGACAUGGCGCUGGUUGAGAUGGUGAGACGGUACAUUAGCCAAGCUUACCGGGCUAGCGCUGGCGCCAGGUGAGAUGGUAUAACAGCGCGCUAGCCGAGCUUACUGGGUUAGCACCGGCGCCAGGGGAAGUGUGACGAGAGAGCCGUGUUCUCCCGCAGCCGCGUCGGACAGUUCUCGUGUUGUCGUCUCACCCGUCGUGGGAAGGUCUGACUAUGGCGUUCAUGUACAAUGUUUUACUGCUUAAUAAAUACC